AGUUUAAUUCUGUAUCUUGAAAUAUUGUUAGGAAACAGUUUUUAAGCCUCAGACAGAUUUUUAGACCAAAUAACCAAGCUGCCCAUAGAUUAAUUUUCUGAUGCUAACGUGUCUUCUGUUUUUUGUUUUUAUCAGGCAUUUCUAGUGAGAUCAUUCUGAGGCCUAAAGACAUUUCUCAGGAAGAGCUCCUAGAUAUGAUAGUGAAGCUCAACAAGGAUUCAAGAGUUAGUGGUUUGUUAGUUCAGCUUCCUCUGCCAGAUCACAUAGAUGAACGGAGAGUUUGCAACGCCAUCGCCCCUGAGAAGGACGUGGAUGGAUUCCAUAUCAUGAAUAUUGGACGUCUGUGUCUCGAUCAACCUUCCAUAAUUCCUGCCACUGCUGCUGCCGUGUGGGAGAUCAUAAAACGGACAGGGGAAAGCUGAAAGUUGUUUUGUAGAUUCAUCCCUCAAAUUUAACCUUGUGGAUUUGCACGUCAUGUUGAUGUCAGCAGCCCACAAGAACAGAUAAUUGUAUUUUGGGGACUGAGAAGAAGGGCU